AUGAAAAUUGUGUAUUUAAGUAAGUUAUCAAUUGGUAAUAUAAACAGGCGAUUCAACUCCCAGGUCUGUCAUCAGCAGCAAGAACCGCAACGCUGCACUACGCUAGAGCACACAGUGACACAAUACACGCACCCGGUGCGCCCGCCAGGCUCGUGCGAUGGUGCGCUGUGCGCGCAGGCGGCGGCGCGCAGCGUGGCGGCGCCAGGCGCGCUGCGCCGCCACCACCAGCUGCUGCACGCGCGCCGCCCGCAGCGCUUCCAGCUCCCACACCUGCGCACCACCAUCUUACUCACUCUCUUGUCUCGCUCACUUUACAACACAUGCCGACUACUCUUUCUUAUAUAG